CAUGGACUAUUCAGAUGUUAUCAAAAUUGACAAAAGCACUUAAAUUUUUUAAAUGAAUUCAUUUUUUACACAAAUUGCCUUUUACAGAAAAUUUAGCCUUGAUAAAAAUGUCAUCUACCUUGUUUAGAAAUGUUAUGACUUUAGUUAAUUUUGUUGAAAUUAAGCAUUAAUUUUAAAGAAAUGCUUAAAUCUCACAUGCAAAGGAUUUAACCUAUAAUGUUUUCAUAACAAAGCAACUGGUUGUACCCAAGGUUGUGAAAUAGUUUUUCUUAGGUUCUGUAUGUUCUUUUGCCCCUUUUCAUAUCUCUUGAUCCAUCUAAAGUAUCCAUUUUUAUAAAUGACCUCAAAUCAUGAAGAAAACAAUCAAACAAACAAAAUCACACUGUUAAUAUGAAUAGCUUCAAACUUUCCUAGCAUCUUGCAUUUGGGUGAAAAUAAAACACUAAGUUACAAAGGCUAUAUUAAAUCUGAAGAACUCUUGUCUCCCAAUGGUGAGAUUUCAACCAAUGUGGUGUCUAGAUGGGGCAGAUAUUAGGGCAGAGGUGGAGGAGAUAUUUUAUUUCACACCAUGCAAAUAUGUGCAGAAGAUUGUCCCUGAUGUGAAAACACUCCUCAUUGGGGCUACUUUGUUAAUUUUCUAGAACUCCAUUGUUAAAUGUGACAGUAUAGUUGCUUUUCAUAGUGUAAGGCCAUGUAAUUAAGAAAACUUAAGUGCAUAUGCCUCAUUCACCAUUUUUAUAUAUAAACAUUGGGAUUCCUAUUGCUGUAUUCUUGGAGAAGACAAUAACUCUCUCUUAAUUGCUUCUAGAUUAUAGUUCUUAUUUUUUUUCUUUUCUCAAAGCCUAUAAUUAUCUCUUGAUUAACAUUUUUAUACUGGAGAGUCUUAUUUAUCUUUUGUCCUUUUGUACUGUUUGCUAAGUUAUAUCCUUUCCUCUGAAGGCAAAUUUCCAAAUUAAUACCAGCUCUCCUCUGUUCUUAUUGAAAGGAUCCUUGCUACAAAUAAGUAAAAGAUUUCUUUGUUUUUUUUCUUGUCUCUUUACCUUUGAAAUGACCAGUUUUAGUUUCUCUUAAACAAAGUGGCUAACUGUGAUAAUUCUUUUCUCCCCCAUGAUGUCUGACACUGUCCAUCUUCUAUAGCCUAUCCUCCAUUAUUUUAGUGUGCUUCCUUCUCUUGUCUGGAUUUCUGCAUUGCCCUAGGAAGUCUGCCAAUAUGUGUUGAUGAAGGACGGGACAGGAAAGAAUGCUCUUUUCAGUUGCAUUAGCAGAAAUGAAAUGGGCUCAGUUUGUUGCAGUUAUGCAGGUCAUCAUACAAACUGUCGAGAAUACUGUCAAGCUAUUUUUCGAACAGACUCUUCUCCUGGUCCAUCGCAGAUCAAAGCUGUAGAAAAUUAUUGUGCCUCUAUUAGUCCACAGUUAAUACACUGUGUGAACAAUUAUACCCAAUCUUAUCCAAUGAGGAACCCGACAGAUAGUUUAUAUUGCUGUGACAGAGCAGAAGACCAUGCUUGCCAAAAUGCCUGCAAGAGAAUUCUGAUGUCUAAGAAAACAGAAAUGGAAAUUGUUGAUGGCCUCAUCGAGGGUUGUAAGACCCAACCUUUGCCUCAAGAUCCUCUAUGGCAGUGUUUUCUUGAAAGUUCACAAUCUGUUCACCCUGGAGUCACUGUACACCCUCCUCCCUCUACAGGCCUUGAUGGGGCUAAAUUGCAUUGUUGUUCUAAAGCAAACACUUCAACAUGUAGGGAACUGUGCACUAAACUUUAUAGCAUGAGCUGGGGCAAUACACAGAGUUGGCAAGAAUUUGAUCGCUUUUGUGAAUAUAAUCCAGUGGAAGUGUCCAUGUUGACCUGUUUAGCAGAUGUCCGGGAACCUUGCCAAUUGGGCUGUAGAAACCUUACUUACUGUACUAAUUUUAACAACAGGCCAACAGAACUUUUCAGGAGUUGUAAUGCUCAGUCAGAUCAAGGAGCCAUGAACGACAUGAAGCUGUGGGAGAAAGGAAGCAUAAAGAUGCCAUUUAUCAAUAUACCUGUUCUUGAUAUUAAAAAGUGCCAGCCAGAAAUGUGGAAAGCAAUAGCCUGUUCACUGCAGAUUAAACCUUGUCAUAGUAAAUCCCGGGGAAGUAUUAUUUGCAAAUCAGAUUGUGUGGAGAUCCUCAAAAAAUGUGGAGACCAGAACAAAUUCCCUGAAGACCACACAGCUGAGAGUAUUUGUGAGCUUCUAUCACCCACAGAUGACCUGGAGAAUUGUAUACCUUUGGAUACAUACCUCAGGCCAAGUACUUUAGGUAACAUUGUAGAAGAAGUGACUCACCCUUGUAACCCAAAUCCUUGCCUGGCCAAUGAGCUCUGUGAAGUGAACCGAAAAGGAUGUCCAUCCGGAGAUCCCUGUCUUCCAUAUUCUUGUGUUCAAGGUUGCAAAUUGGGAGAAGCAUCUGAUUUCAUUGUCCGUCAAGGGACACUAAUCCAGGUGCCAUCAUCUGCAGGGGAAGUUGGUUGUUAUAAAAUCUGUUCGUGUGGACAAAGUGGACUCUUAGAAAACUGUAUGGAGAUGCACUGUAUAGACCUCCAGAAGUCUUGUAUUGUUGGGGGGAAAAGAAAAAGUCAUGGAACAUCCUUUAGUAUCGACUGCAACAUCUGUUCUUGUUUUGCUGCCAAUUUGGUGUGUUCUACCCGCCUAUGUCUCAGUGAGCAUAGUUCAGAAGAUGACCGUCGCACCUUCACAGGUCUGCCCUGUAACUGUGCAGAUCAGUUUGUCCCCGUUUGUGGGCAGAAUGGACGCACUUACCCCAGUGCCUGCAUUGCACGCUGUGUGGGUUUCCAAGACCAUCAGUUUGAGUUUGGAUCGUGCAUCUCAAAGGAUCCAUGUAAUCCUAACCCCUGCCAAAAAAAUCAAAGAUGCAUACCCAAACCACAAGUCUGCCUGACAACUUUUGAUAAAUUUGGAUGUAGCCAAUAUGAGUGUGUGCCAAGACAGCUCGCCUGUGACCAGGUCCAUGAUCCUGUUUGUGAUACAGACCACAUGGAGCACAGCAAUCUCUGCACUUUAUACCAGAGAGGAAAAAGCCUAUCUUACAAAGGCCCAUGCCAGCCCUUCUGCAGAGCCACAGAGCCCGUCUGCGGGCACAAUGGUGAAACCUAUAGUAGCGUGUGUGCUGCCUACUCAGAUCGUGUGGCAGUCGAUUACUAUGGGCCCUGCCAGGCUGUCGGGGUCCUCUCUGAGCACAGUUCUGUUGCUGAGUGUGCUGCUGUGAAGUGUCCUUCACUCUCUGCCACUGGAUGCAAACCCAUCAUCCCACCUGGUGCUUGUUGCCCAUUAUGUGCUGGGAUGUUAAGAGUUUUAUUUGACAAGGAAAAACUGGAUACUAUUGCUAAGGUGACAAAUAAAAAGCCAAUAACAGUUCUGGAAAUACUUCAGAAAAUCCGCAUGCACGUGUCUGUCCCACAGUGUGACGUAUUUGGAUACUUCAGCAUUGAAUCAGAAAUUGUGAUCCUGAUCAUUCCUGUCGAUCACCAUCCAAAAGCUCUGCAGAUUGAAGCAUGCAAUAAAGAAGCAGAGAAGAUAGAGUCCCUUAUCAACUCUGACAGUCCUACUCUGGCAUCCCACGUCCCUCUGUCUGCCCUCAUCAUUUCCCAGGUACAAGUCUCCAGCAGCGUGCCAUCAGCCGGCAUUGGGGCCAGGCCUCCCUGCCACUCUUUCCUCCUCGUCCUCAGCCUCAGCCUUGCCUUGCACUUGUUAUGGACAGACAACUGACUGCCAAAAAAAGCUGCAAAGUGUUCCUCGACCUAACUUUCUACCUUGUGAAAGAAAUUCAGGACUGCUAGUUUGUUGUUAAAUUGUGGCCAAGUAAAAGCACAUGUCACCUCUAUUCACCACACAGUAUUUUUUUUUAGUCUGCCAAUAUUAGUAGGGUUUUUGUUUUGUUUUGCAAGUGUUAAAAUACAUUCUUUUAAAUACUAAUGAAAAGAGGAUGUCUCUUCCUGUGGAUCACUGCCUUAUGAUUUACAUUUUGCUCAUUAGAUAAGUCCCCCACUCUAAAGCAAAUUUAAUUCAUUAAUAAGUGAGAUGAUCACAUUUUAGAAAAAUAACUCAUUUUGCUAUCAGGAUCAGAUUACAGAAACUUCAUUCCAGAGUUCCUGUAAGUAUUAAGGUUCCCUUUGUGUUUGUUUUCGAUUACAGAUAAUUACCUACUCUAUCUAGAAGCUAGGGGUCCCAGGGAAGAGCCACUGCUAUUAGAGAGUAUGAAAUAUAGAUAAAGCAUCUUUGAAAUUAUCAUGUAAAUCAUCAAGCAAAUUUAAAUUAAUUUACAGAAAUUUUAAUUCAAGACCCCAUCUAUUGUGUUAAGCAGGAAAAAAAAGCUGACUAAAUGACACUCAUAUAACUAUAUGUUGUAAGUGACAGUCUCAGUGGUCACUGAUUUGUAUCUGUGACUUUUGUGAAAGGGAGAAGUUACAUUGGAUCAAAGCAUCUUGCAUUAUGCAAUUUUUAUGUUAACCAGAUAUCUAUUCUUCAGUAUUCGUCCAAGUUAAAUUUAGAGUUCUUAAACAUCAAUCUUUAAACCAAUUGCUGCUACUUAUAUAAUUGCCAAAAAGUGAAAUAAUUAGUAGUUCAUGUAAAUAAUACAUGAUAUUUCUAUUUUAUUAUGAAGAAGGUGAAUAGCCAUAUUUGUAAAAUGACAAUCAUGUGUGUUAACCCAGUACUUUCCGUUCAUGAAAACACAUUUGCUUUUUGUGAUAUGCACAAUGUAGAUAAGCGUUCUGUCUUACUUUCUUUUUGGACAUAGAAUUAUAAAGAAUUGUGGUUUAUAUAUUUAAAAAUGUCAAGCUGAGUAUUAAAAUGUUUGCAUGUUGUCUAAGAAUUGAAUACUUUGAAUGUGUUUCACAGUUUGAAAUAAGCUAUUCAAUGUAAUACUUCUUGUUUGUAUGCACCUGAACUUAGAUUUUACAUGAUUUUUUUUUCAGUAUUAUAUGUACCCUCUGAAAUACAUAGGGAUAUGCUUAUUAUACCAAAAUAUUGUUAAAAAGUGGGCACUUAAAACUUUCAGAAUAUCUCAAUGCUAAUGUAGCAUGUUUGUUGCAAUUGCUUUUUUUCUGUAUAAAUGUCUUCAAUGCAAUAUACUGGAAAGCUUUUCUAUUUUAAUAAAAAUAAUUUUAUAUGAUCAUG